ACUCAUCUUCUUCUUCCACUUGGUAAGUCUUUCUCUGCCCCCCUCUUCAUGCAAUGAUUGACUUUUUUUGUUUGUGGUCGGGGAAGUUAGGAAAUUAAAUCUAUGUUUUCAAACAAUUUGUGUGAUGAUUUAAGGUUUGAGAUGGACAGUUCUGAAGCAGAUCUAGAUAGAAUAGAGGCACAAAGGUCAACGAAUGUGUCUCAUGAUCAACGGAAUGGACCAUACUUCCCCAUGGACAUACUCGGAGAUGGCGCCACUCAACCUACGGGAGACACCGAAUCUAUGCCAGAGUUUCUUACUAACCUUAGAUUGUCGGAUCUUUUCGCUUUCUGUGGAGAAGAUAUCCAUAUGACUCCGGAGAUUUUUAGUGGAAUGAGUGCUGGGAACAAAGAAUGUCUGGAGAGGUUGAAAAGUCAUGGAACGCCAAUGGCACGUCUCAAGAGCGAUACAGGAGAUUCAAUUCUUCAUCUUGCUGCUACAUGGGGUCAUCUAGAACUAGUGAAGGAGAUUGUCUCUGAAUAUCCGUCCCUUCUCUUGGAGCAAAACUCAAGCGGUCAGACACCGCUUCAUGUGGCGGCUCAUGGCGGUCAUACCACUGUUGUUGAGGCUCUUGUUGCGUUGGUAACAUUUGCUUCAGCUAGACUAUGUAAUGAAGAGAGUGAGAGACUGAAUCCAUAUGUUCUCAAGGACAAAGAUGGAAAUACUGCUCUGCACUACGCCAUCGAAGGGCACUAUUUCGAGAUGGCUACAUGUCUGGUGAACGCGAACAAGGAUGCUCCUUUUCUUGGAAAUAACAAGGGAGUAUCUUCCUUGUUUGUGGCAAUAGAUACUGGAGAUGUAUCCCUUGUGAAAGAAAUUUUGAAAAUCAGAGGCAACAAGGACCUUAAAGGGAAGAAGUCUAACUUAGAGUCAAAGUUACAAGGGAAAAAACAUCUUGCACAUGUGGCUUUACUGGCCAAGAGUAUAGAUGUCCUUGAUGUUAUUCUUGACGAAUAUCCAAACCUUAUGUAUGAGCGAGAUAGAGAUGGUUGGACUUGUCUUUCACUCGCAGCAUAUAUAGGAUAUUAUGAAGGAGUAUGUAACCUCUUACACCGAUCAAAAGAGAGUGCUUAUCUCUGCAAUAAUGAUGGUUCCUUUCCAAUCCAUACGGCUGCAGAGAACGGUGACAAGAGAAUUGUCAAAGAGAUUCUUAGAAGUUGUCCAGAUUCAAAACACCUGCUUAACAAACUUGGUCAAAAUGUUCUCCACAUUGCAGCAAAAAAUGGAAAUUAUUGGAUUUGUGAAAUGUUGGCGUAUAAGAAGGAUAUGAUACAUUUGGGUGUUGGGCAAGAUGUGGAUGGGAAUACACCUUUGCACCUUGCCGUCAUGAACUGGAACUUUCGGUCCAUCACUUGUCUUGCUAACAGUAGCAAGAUACUGAAAGUACGAAACAAAAGCGGUUUAAGAGCUAGAAAUAUUGCCGAGUUAGAGCUAAAACCCAACUACAUCUUUGAGGAGAGGUGGACACUAGCUCUCUUAUUAUACGCUAUUCACGUAAAUGGUUUCGAAGAUGUACACUCAUUAACAAGACCAUCGGAGCCACUAGACUCUAAGAAUAACAGAGAUUACGUCAACACUCUUCUACUGGUUGCGGCUCUAGUAGCCACAAUGACGUUUGCUGCAGGUUUUACAAUACCAGGUGGGUUUAACAGCUCUGCUCCAAACUUGGGCAGAGCAACUUUGGCCACUAACCCAACUCUCUUCAUUUUUCUGCUACUUGACAUCUUGGCAAUGCAAAGUUCCGUUGCUACGAUAGAUCUAGAUAGAAUAGAGGCACAAAGGUCAACGAAUAUGUCUCAUGAUCAACGGAAUGGACCAUACUUCCCCAUGGACAUACUCGGAGAUGGCGCCACUCAACCUACGGGAGACACCGAAUCUAUGCCAGAGUUUCUUACUAACCUUAGAUUGUCGGAUCUUUUCGCUUUCUGUGGAGAAGAUAUCCAUAUGACUCCGGAGAUUUUUAGUGGAAUGAGUGCUGGGAACAAAGAAUGUCUGGAGAGGUUGAAAAGUCAUGGAACGCCAAUGGCACGUCUCAAGAGCGAUACAGGAGAUUCAAUUCUUCAUCUUGCUGCUACAUGGGGUCAUCUAGAACUAGUGAAGGAGAUUGUCUCUGAAUAUCCGUCCCUUCUCUUGGAGCAAAACUCAAGCGGUCAGACACCGCUUCAUGUGGCGGCUCAUGGCGGUCAUACCACUGUUGUUGAGGCUCUUGUUGCGUUGGUAACAUUUGCUUCAGCUAGACUAUGUAAUGAAGAGAGUGAGAGACUGAAUCCAUAUGUUCUCAAGGACAAAGAUGGAAAUACUGCUCUGCACUACGCCAUCGAAGGGCACUAUUUCGAGAUGGCUACAUGUCUGGUGAACGCGAACAAGGAUGCUCCUUUUCUUGGAAAUAACAAGGGAGUAUCUUCCUUGUUUGUGGCAAUAGAUACUGGAGAUGUAUCCCUUGUGAAAGAAAUUUUGAAAAUCAGAGGCAACAAGGACCUUAAAGGGAAGAAGUCUAACUUAGAGUCAAAGUUACAAGGGAAAAAACAUCUUGCACAUGUGGCUUUACUGGCCAAGAGUAUAGAUGUCCUUGAUGUUAUUCUUGACGAAUAUCCAAACCUUAUGUAUGAGCGAGAUAGAGAUGGUUGGACUUGUCUUUCACUCGCAGCAUAUAUAGGAUAUUAUGAAGGAGUAUGUAACCUCUUACACCGAUCAAAAGAGAGUGCUUAUCUCUGCAAUAAUGAUGGUUCCUUUCCAAUCCAUACGGCUGCAGAGAACGGUGACAAGAGAAUUGUCAAAGAGAUUCUUAGAAGUUGUCCAGAUUCAAAACACCUGCUUAACAAACUUGGUCAAAAUGUUCUCCACAUUGCAGCAAAAAAUGGAAAUUAUUGGAUUUGUGAAAUGUUGGCGUAUAAGAAGGAUAUGAUACAUUUGGGUGUUGGGCAAGAUGUGGAUGGGAAUACACCUUUGCACCUUGCCGUCAUGAACUGGAACUUUCGGUCCAUCACUUGUCUUGCUAACAGUAGCAAGAUACUGAAAGUACGAAACAAAAGCGGUUUAAGAGCUAGAAAUAUUGCCGAGUUAGAGCUAAAACCCAACUACAUCUUUGAGGAGAGGUGGACACUAGCUCUCUUAUUAUACGCUAUUCACGUAAAUGGUUUCGAAGAUGUACACUCAUUAACAAGACCAUCGGAGCCACUAGACUCUAAGAAUAACAGAGAUUACGUCAACACUCUUCUACUGGUUGCGGCUCUAGUAGCCACAAUGACGUUUGCUGCAGGUUUUACAAUACCAGGUGGGUUUAACAGCUCUGCUCCAAACUUGGGCAGAGCAACUUUGGCCACUAACCCAACUCUCUUCAUUUUUCUGCUACUUGACAUCUUGGCAAUGCAAAGUUCCGUUGCUACGAUAGGUCACUUUUCAGUUCUUGAAUGGGUGAUUGUUAUGUUUGGAGAAAUGUUGGUCAUCGGAGAAGGAGACGAUGGACCUGCAAUCAACGGAGUAGCAAUCAAUGGUAUCAUGAACGGAGUAUCAUCGUCUCGUCGCCACAGAAAAUCAAAAUUCAAAGCGUACACGGGGAGCCAACUCCUCAUGCAUCACUCAUCUUCUGCUUCUACUUCUUCUGAAGCAGAUCUAGAUAUUGAGGCACAAACGACAACGAAUGUGUCUCAUGGUCAACAGAACGGAACAUACUCAAGUGGCGGAGCUCCGCUACUCGCCACGAACAUACCCCGUUCACAUGAUUCCUUUCAAAACCGAGGAAAUGGCGCCACACCACCUACGGAAGACACUGAAUCUGUGCCAGAGUACCUUACUAACCUUAUAUUGUCCGAUUUUCUCGCUCCCCCUGGUGAAGAUGUCCAGAUGUCUUCCGAGAUUUUCAGUGAAAUGAGUGGUGGUGAUGGGGACAUAGCAAGUCUGGAGCAGUACUUGGGAACGUCAAUACCAUGUCUCAAGAGCAAUACAGGAGAUUCAAUUCUUCAUCUUGCUGCUACAUGGGGUCAUCUAGAACUAGUGAAGAAGAUUAUCCCUAAAUAUCCGCGCCUUCUAUUGGAGCAAAACUCGAGCGGUCACACACCACUUCAUUUGGCGGCUCAUGGCGGUCAUACACCUGUUGUUGAUGUUUUCGUUGAGACGGUAACAUUUGCUUCAGCUAGACUGUGUACUGAACUGAAUCCAUAUGUUCUCAAGGACAAAGAUGGAAAUACUGCUCUGUACUACGCCAUUGAAGGACGCCAUAAGGAGAUGGCUACCUGUCUGGUAAACGCCAACCAUGAUGCUCCUUUUCUUGGAAAUAACGAGGGAAUAUCUUCCUUGUAUGAAGCAGUAUCCGCUGGAUCUGAAUAUGAAUCCCUUGUGGAAGAAAUUUUAAAAACCAUAGGCAACGAGGACUUGGAUUCGAAAUUGCAAGGGAACAAAUAUCUUGCACAUGUUGCUUUGCAUGCCAAGAGUAUAGAUGUCCUUGAUGUUAUUCUGGAAAAAUAUCCAAAUCUUGUGAAUGAGCGAGAUAUAGAUGGUAGGACUUGUCUUUCACUCGCAGCAUAUAUAGGGUAUUAUGAAGGAGUAUGCAACCUCUUAGACCGACCAGAAAAUGGUGUUUAUGUCUGCGACCAAGAUGGUUCCUUUCCAAUUCAUACGGCUGCAGAGAAAGGUCAUGAAAAAAUUGUUAAAGCGUUUCUAAGAGUUUGUAAAAAUUCAAAUUACCUGCUCAACAAACUUGGCCAGAACGUUCUCCACGUGGUAGCAAAAAAUGGGGAAUCUUCUAUUACAAAUUUCUUGAUGAUUGACGAAGAAACGAAACAUCUGGGUGUUGGGCAAGAUGUGGACGGGAAUACGCCGUUGCACCUUGCUGUCAUGAACUGGCACUUUGACUCCAUUACUUAUCUUGCUAGCAGUAGCGACAUUCUGAAAUUACGAAACAAAAGCGGCUUAAGAGCUAGGGAUAUUGUCGAGUUAGGGGUGAAACCCAACUAUAUCUUUCAUGAGAGGUGGACAUUGGCGCUCUUAUUAUACGCUAUUCACAAAACGAAGUUCGAACCUGUAAAGUCAUUAACGAGACCGGCAUGGCCACUGGACCCCAAGAAUAACAGAGAUUACGUCAACACUCUUCUCCUGGUUGCGACUCUUAUAGCCACGGUGACGUUUGCUGCAGGUUUUACAAUACCAGGUGGGGUUAAGAGCUCUGCUCCACACUUGGGCAGGGCAACUUUGGCCACUAACCCAACUCUCUUCAUUUUUCUGCUACUUGACAUUUUGGCAAUGCAAUGUUCCGUUGCAACAAUAGGGAUUCUUAUUUGGGCGCAGUCGGGUGAUCCAAAACUAAUCCGUUCAUCCUUACAUGUGGCAUUGCCCUUACUGCUUAUUGCUCUACUCUGCAUGCCCUUGGCAUUCCUUUUUGGUGUGGUCACUGCAAUUGGGCAUGUGAAAUGGCUUUUAGUCAUCAUUUGUAUUAUCUCUGCUUUAUUCUUCAGUUGGGCGAUCUUUGUCCUUGGCCCUCACGUCAUGCUACAGCAGCCAUACGUUUCUCCCAAUUACGCUGGUGACUUCCUCGUGACUUUUAUGGAGUUUAAAGACGUGUUUGGGUUUGAGAUGGAUGGUUCUGGAACAGAUCUAGAUAGAAUUGAGGCACAAAGGCCAACGGAUGUGUCUCACGGUCAACGGAACGGAACAUACAUAAGUGCCGGAGCUCCGCUACUCGCCACGAACAUACCCCGUUCAAAUGAUUCCUUUCAAAACGGAGGAGAUGGCGCCACUCCACCUACGGGAGACACCGAAUCUGUGCCAGAGUAUCUUACUAACCUUAGAUUGUCGGAUUUUUUCGCUUUCCCUGGUGAAGAUGUCCAGAUGACUCCGGAGAUUUUUAGUGGAAUGAGUGAUGGGAAGAAAGAAUGUCUGGAGAAGUUGAGAAGCCAAGGAAUGCCAAUGGCACGUCUCAAGAGCAAUACAGGAGAUUCAAUUCUUCAUCUUGCUGCUACAUGGGGUCAUCUAGAACUAGUGAAGGAGAUCGUCUCUGAAUGUCCGUGCCUUCUCUUGGAGCAAAACUCAAGCGGUCAGACACCGCUUCAUGUGGCGGCUCAUGGUGGUCAUACCACUAUUGUUGAGGCUCUUGUUGCGUUGGUAACAUUUGCUUCAGCUAGACUGUGUAAUGAAGAGAGUGAGAGACUGAAUCCAUAUGUUCUCAAGGACACAAAUGGAAAUACUGCUCUGCACUACGCCAUUAAAGGGUCCUAUUCCGAGAUGGCUACAUGUCUGGUGAACGCGAACAAGGAUGCUCCUUUUCUUGGAAAUAACAAGGGAGAAUCUUCCUUGUUUGUGGCAAUAGAUACUGGAUAUGUGAUCCUUGUGAAAACGAUUUUGAAAACUAUUGGCAACGAGGACCUUGAAGAGAAGAUGUCUAAAUUAGAUUCGAAGUUAGAAGGGAAAAAAUAUCUUGCACAUGCUGCUUUGAAGGCCAUGAAUAAAGGUGCCCUUGAUGUUAUUCUUGACGAAUAUCCAAGUCUUAUGGACGUGCGAGAUAAAGAUGGUAGGACUUGUCUUUCACUCGCAGCAUAUAUAGGGUAUUAUGAAGGAGUAUGCAACCUCUUAGACCGAUCAACAAAGUGUGUUUAUGUCUGCAAUAAUGAUGGUUCCUUUCCAAUCCAUACGGCUGCAGAGAAAAAUGAAUUGUUCAUUGUCAAAGAGAUUCUUAGACGUUGUCCAGAUUCAAAAUACCUUCUUAACAAACUUGGUCAGAACGUCCUCCACGUUGCAGCAAAAAAUGGGCACUCAUGGAUUUCGAAUUGGUUGAUGAUAAAUAAAGAUACGAAACAUUUGGGUGUUGGGCAAGACGUGGACGGGAAUACACCUUUGCACCUUGCCGUCAUGAACUGGCACUUUGACUCCAUUACUUAUCUUGCUAACAGUAUCGAGAUACUGAAUUUACGAAACAAAAGCGACUUAAGCGCUAGUGAUAUUGCCCAGUCAGAGGUGAAACCCAACUACAUCUUUCAUGAGAGGUGGACGCUAGCUCUCUUAUUAUACGCUAUGCACAAAAAAGGUUUCAAAUAUGUACACUCAUUAACAAGACCAUCAGAGCCACUAGACCAUAAGAAUAACAGAGAUUACAUAAACACUCUUCUGCUGGUAGCGGCUCUUGUAGCCACAGUGACGUUUGCUGCAGGUUUUACAAUACCAGGUGGGUUUAACAGCGAUGCCGAAAAACCCAACUUGGGCAGGGCAACAUUGGCCAAAAACCCGACUCUCUUCAUUUUUCUGCUAUUUGACAUCUUGGCAAUGCAAAGUUCUGUUGCAACAAUAUGUACUCUUAUUUGGGCGCAGUUGGGUGAUCCACUACUCAUCCGCGAAUCUUUACAUGUGGCCUUGCCCUUACUACUUUUUUCUUUACUAUGCAUGCCCAUGGCAUUCCUUUUUGGCGUGAUCACUGCAAUUGGCUUUCCACAAAUCAUCUCAAAUCUAUUUGGAGGAGACUCUCAAAUGUAUCCUUCUCUCGACGAUGAUGAUUUCGUCUCUGAUUUGUUUUGCUUCGAUCAAAGUAAUGGAGCAGAACUUGAUGAUUACACACAAUUUGGUGUAAAUUUGCAGCCUGAUCAAGAAGAUACCUUUCCAGAUUUUGUGUCAUAUGGUGUGAAUUUGCAGCAGGAGCCAGAAGAAGUCUUUAGUAUUGGAGCUGCUCAAUUGGAUUUGUCGUCGUAUAAUGGAGUUUUGUCGCAAGAGCCUGAACACGUAGGGCAGAAAGAUUGUGGAAUUGUGCAGGAAGAUGAAGUAGAGAUCAAUUCUGGUUCAUCUGGUGGAGCUGUUAAGCAAGAACAGGAACAUUUAGAUGACGAUUGCUCGCGGAAGCGGGCAAGGACUGGAUCGUGUAGCAGAGGAGGAGGAACCAAAGCGUGUCGUGAAAGAAUGAGGAGGGAGAAGCUAAACGAGAGGUUCAUGGAUUUGAGCUCGGUUUUGGAGCCUGGGAGGACUCCUAAGACAGAUAAACCGGCUAUACUCGAUGAUGCAAUCCGUAUAUUGAAUCAACUUAGAGAUGAAGCUCAUAAACUUGAAGAAACUAACCAAAAGCUUUUAGAGGAGAUCAAGAGUCUCAAGGCGGAGAAGAACGAGCUGAGGGAGGAAAAGCUGGUGUUGAAGGCGGAUAAAGAGAAGACGGAACAACAGUUAAAGUCUAUGACGGUUCCAUCUUCAGGGUUCAUGCCUCAGAUUCCAGCUGCAUUUAACCACAACAAAAUGGCUGUUUACCCGAGUUACGGUUACAUGCCAAUGUGGCAUUAUAUGCCUCAGUCGGUUCGUGACACAUCUCGUGAUCAAGAACUCAGGCCUCCUGCUGCAUAAACUCUCAAUUGUUUUUUUUGGUACCCAUAGGGAACUUAUAGAGAUAUCUGAAUCACUUGGUUUAGGAUUCUUCCGUUUGGCAAGUGUAAAAGCUUUACUCUUGAUCUUGGGUUGUAUUUUUAAUAUAAAAUAAAUAUAACUCCAGAAACUUGUGAUUUUCUUGUAUCUUGUAGAUUUAUGCAUAGAGACUUUUGACUGUGUGAUCUGAUUCAUCUGAGUUUGAAAAGUUUCAGACCAAAAUUAAAAUGCUCUCGUUGAG